AAAAAAAAAAAAAAAAACAUUACAAUGACGUGCAUUUUCCCAACUCGGGUGUUAAAAAUAUUCGAGCAUUGCAAAGGGAGCCACAUUCACCUCUGGAGCCGUGGAUUGCUGACCCUGACCACAUUAAUACGGGUUAUCGCUGUCAUUGCUCGUUGCCCUCUGUACCUGGGAGGAGUUAUUACAAUGGGCAAAGGGUAAGAAGUGCUAUUUUAGCACAUUUAAAUGACACACACUUAAGUAUAUUUGUUCAACCAGAGGGAUCAAACACAAGUGACAGGAGUGGAAACAUAGUCUCAUUUGACAAAAAAUGAACCCGAAUGCUGCAAGUCACUCCGUCCCUCUUAGUGACGGGACUAGAAUGCCAUUGAUAGGACUGGGAACAUACGCAGAUCCCCGCACGACCCCUAAAGAGACAGCAUAUAAGGCUGUGAAACUGGCUAUAGAAACAGGAUACAGACACAUUGAUGGAGCUUUGGUUUACUUCAAUGAACAUGAGGUUGGACAAGCAAUAAGGGACAAAAUAGCUGAUGGAACUGUGAAAAGACAGGAUAUCUUCUACUGUGGAAAGCUGUGGAACACAUUCCAUCCACCAGAACUGGUCCGGCAUGCUUUGGAGAAAACCUUGAAGACAUUGCAACUGGAUUAUGUUGAUUUAUACAUUGUUGAGAUGCCCACAGCGUUUAAGCCAGGAGAUAACUUCUACCCAAAAGAUGCGGACGGGAAGCACAUUUAUCAUGAGACGGAUCUUUGUGCAACUUGGGAAGCUAUGGAGGCAUGCAAAGACGCAGGGUUGGUGAAAUCUCUCGGAGUGUCCAACUUUAACAAGAGACAGUUGGAGUUACUCCUCAACAAGCCAGACCUGAAACACAAACCGGUGUCAAACCAGGUUGAAUGCCAUCCUUAUUUCACUCAACCGAAGUUGCUGGAGUACUGCAGGAAUAAUGACAUUGUCAUUGUGGGAUACAGCCCAUUAGGGACAUCUAGAGAUGCAUCCUGGGUUAACUUAACCUGCCCCCCACUCUUGGAGGAUGAGCUACUUGUGUCAUUGGCUACAAAGUACAACAAGACCCCAGCUCAGGUUGCACUCAGGUUCAACAUGCAAAGAGGGGUUGCGGUCAUCCCAAAGAGCUUCAGCCCUCAUCGUAUAAAGGAGAACUUCCAGAUAUUCGACUUCUGUCUCUCUGAGGAGGACAUGAAGGCCAUCGAGGGCUUGAACAAAAAUAUUCGCUUUGUGGAGCUCCUGAUGUGGUCCGAUCACCCUGAGUACCCAUUUCAUGAUGACUACUAAACAACAAUUCAUAGAAGUGCAAAGACAAGUAUGUUAAUUCCUAUGUUACACAUUUCAUUUAUGGUAAUUAUCUAUUAUAAUAUUCUGUCUACACUGUCCACUUUCCCCAUCGUGGGACUAAUAAAGGCUUAUAAUGGUA